CAAGCGGUGACGUGCAGAGGGAGAACUUAAUUCUGUUCUGUAGAAGGAAGAAUCGUCUACACUCUUCAUUUAUACCUCCUCCUACCUCCUUGACUGACCGUUUUCCUCAUCCGCCCCGCGCUUUCUCGAACUUCGCAGCCGUAUCUGUCAGCAGACCCGCAUUUGAUCUGAUAGUGGUGGGCUGGCUGUCCUGGUCUCGUGGAAGUGGCUCCAGCAUCAACGGCAGCAGCUGUUCGCUUUUGCGCGGAGCGCCACUUCUAAAUAGUGCUGUCUGAUACCGGUAGCCGGGGGAAGAGAUCUGCAGAACCCAACGUGAUUGACUGUCUCCUUUAUUGCAAAGAUCCUCCUGUGUUUAUUUUCAGGUUUACAUUAGACUAUUUGGAAAGGUGCGCAUCGUGCUGAUUGUACGUUACCGUUCAGUCGGGUGAAAUCGAUGAAUGUGAUAUCUUCGUUCUGACGGAACUGGAUGUAUAUUUGUGGAUCUUGAAGAAACAGCAAAGGAUUACGUCUGCCCAGUCAUCGUUUUCGAGGAGCUUUGUGAAGCAGGAAUUAUUUUUUCCUUUUCUUUUACUGGCUCAGACUUCUUUACUAGGAAAUGGCAACGCCAGCGCCUGGGAGAGGAACAGGAUUGGAAAAGGAGAGAGGAAACGAGAGCUAAAUGACAGGAUGCAGGCGACCUUAGACACAUAAAGACGAAUUUCCACAACAUUAAGACACUUCUUGUUCAUUUAUUUCUUUGCUCAAGUCAAGCAGGAAGAAUCAAAUCCACCAAGGAUAACCGAGGAGUUUUGCUUUCUUUUCUGAUUUUAUUUUUUCUCCCAACACAAGGAUGCAUUGUGGAUUAGCGUUGAUCCUCUUGUCUGGAAUCUUCUUCAUUGCCAGGGCUUUCAAAAAUGAUAAGUGUGGGGAUAACAUCAGAAUUACAAGCGCUAAUUACCUUACUUCACCUGACUAUCCAACGUCGUAUUCACCAUCUCAGAAGUGCGUGUGGGUGAUAACAGCUCCAGGACCGUACCAGAGAAUUUUAAUCAACUUUAACCCGCACUUUGAUCUGGAGGACCGAGAGUGCAAGUAUGACUACGUGGAGGUCAGAGACGGCAUGGACGAGAACGGCCAGCUGGUGGGGAAGUACUGCGGGAAGAUCGCCCCCUCCCCUGUCGUUUCCUCCGGCAACCAGCUCUACAUCAAGUUUGUGUCCGACUACGAGACGCACGGCGCCGGCUUCUCUAUUCGCUAUGAGAUCUUCAAAACAGGGCCGGAGUGUUCGAGAAACUUCACCUCCAACAGCGGUGUCAUAAAGUCUCCGGGUUUCCCUGAGAAGUACCCCAACAACCUGGACUGCACCUUCAUGAUCUUCGCUCCCAAAAUGUCCGAGAUCGUCCUGGAGUUUGAGAGCUUUGAGCUGGAGCCUGAUACUACGCCGCCCAAUGGAGUCUUCUGCCGCUACGACAGGCUGGAGAUCUGGGAUGGCUUCCCUGGAGUGGGUCCGUAUGUCGGCCGCUACUGUGGGCAGAACACCCCGGGCCGAAUCCUGUCCUACACCGGCAUCCUGGCACUGACAAUCAACACGGAUAGCGCCAUCGCCAAGGAGGGCUUCUCCGCCAAUUUCACAGUCAUCCAGAGAACCGUGCCGGAAGACUUUGACUGCAAGGAGCCACUGGGGAUGGAGUCCGGUGAGAUCGCCUCGGACCAGAUCGCGGCUUCAUCUCAGUACAACCCAAACUGGUCCUCUGAGCGCUCGCGGCUCAAUUACUAUGAAAACGGCUGGACCCCCGCGUAUGACACCAACAAAGAGUGGAUACAGGUGGACCUAGGUUUUUUGCGCUUCGUCUCAGCCAUUGGGACACAAGGAGCGAUCUCCCAGGAAACCAAACUGUCCUACUACAUUACGUCCUACAAGGUUGACGUGAGCUCCAACGGCGAGGACUGGAUCACGCUGAAGGAGGGCUCCAAGCAGAAAAUUUUCCAGGGGAACUCCAACCCCACCGACGUGCAGGUGACUGACCUCCCCAAGCCCACGCUCGCCCGCUUUGUCCGGAUCCGCCCCGUUUCCUGGGAGACUGGCAUCGCCCUGCGCUUCGAGGUGUACGGCUGCAAAGUCUCCGAGUACCCAUGCUCAGGCAUGCUGGGAAUGGUCUCGGGCCUGAUCUCCGACUCCCAGAUCACAGCCUCCUCCCACACGGACCGGAGUUGGGUCCCGGAGAAUGCCCGCCUGCUGACCAGCCGCUCGGGCUGGACCCUGUUGCCCCAGCCCCAGCCCUUCACCAACGAGUGGCUGCAGGUGGACCUGGGCGAAGAGAAGCUGGUGCGUGGCCUCAUCAUCCAGGGAGGGAAGCACCGUGAGAACAAGGUCUUCAUGAAGAAGUUCAGGGUGGGCUACAGCAACAACGGCUCCCACUGGACCAUGGUCCAGGACGCCAGCGGCAACAAGCCCAAGGUUUUCGAGGGGAACCUGAACUACGACACCCCGGAGUUGCGCACAAUAGAGCCCCUGCUGACGCGCUAUCUGCGGGUGUACCCAGAGAGGGCCACCACUGCUGGCAUGGGCCUGAGGAUGGAGCUCCUGGGCUGCCAGAUUGAAGCGCCCACAGACCCACCCACCACGCCCGCGGCCUCCACCAUCGUCCCAGACGAGUGCGACGAUGAGCAGGCCAGCUGUCACAGCGGAACAGGAGGAACCACUGUCGCAGAGACCACAGUGGAGGUGGACACUAUCCCAGCAUACCUGUGGUUUGCCUGUGACUUUGGUUGGGCCGAAGACCCCUCCUUCUGUGGCUGGACCUCAGAGAAGGACAGCAACUUCAAAUGGCAGAUCCAGUCUAGCGGGACCCCAACGCUCAACACAGGACCCAAUAUGGACCACAAAGGUGGAUCCGGGAACUUCAUCUACACUCUGGCCACCGGCGCUCAGGAGAACGAGGUGGCCAGGCUGGUGAGCCCGCAGGUUACCACCAUGGACGCAGACCUCUGCGUCUCCUUCUGGUACCACAUGUUCGGCUCCCACAUCGGCACCCUGCACAUCAAACAACGCAAGGAGACGGCCGACGGCAUGGCCGACAUCCUGCUCUGGACCGUCAGCGGGCACCAGGGCAACCGCUGGAGGGAGGGCCGGGUGCGGGUGCCCCCCUCCAGUAAACCCUAUCAGGUGCUGAUUGAAGGGGUGGUGGAGAGAAAGAGCUGGGGUGACAUCGCCGUGGAUGAUAUUAAGAUCCUGGACGGCCUCAACAUGGCCGACUGCAAAGAUCCCGAUGUUCCGACCGAGUCAGUGGAACCAGAGGAAGACUUCAAUGAAAUCAUAGUGGACAUCACCGACUUCCCCGACGUUGUGAAAAACAACGAGAUUCGCGGAGCGGGGAACAUGCUGAAGACCCUGGACCCCAUCCUCAUCACCAUCAUCGCCAUGAGCGCCCUGGGAGUGUUCCUGGGGGCCAUCUGCGGGGUGGUCCUCUACUGUGCCUGCUCUCACAGCAGCAUGUCGGACAGGAACUUAUCGGCGUUGGAGAACUAUAACUUCGAGCUGGUGGACGGAGUCAAGCUAAAGAAAGAUAAUAAACUCACCACACAGAAUUCGUAUUCAGAGGCAUGAGUACAGGGCUGGACAAGACCUCUGGGGCCGGUAGCAAGGGCAAACAGGACUGCCAGUAGCCUUUUUGAAAAAAUGAGAAAGAAAAAGCAGAUUCGGUGUGAGAGGUGGUGACUGAGCCGUGAUUUUCUCAGGAGCUGCAGUGAAAGACACCUACCAGUAGGGGGACACUGUGUAUAAAACUGAAGAGAAAAUAUAUGUACAGUUAGAUGAUUAUUUUAAUUUUUUCACUUUACGUUCUGAAUGUUGUUUUUUCGUUUGUUGUUAAUCCUUAUCAAUCAGAUGCUGGUGUUGAGACCAAUUAAGAUAAUGUCUAAAAUAUUUAUCAUUUCUCUGGAAGGAAAAUCUUUUAUUUUUUGAUUUCAAAGCCAUUAUUUUUGUGUAGAAGGAGAAGUGUCAAACCCCCAAAUUAACCAUACUGACAAAUAUGUAGUAUUGCCCCCUUCAACCACUCCCCUCAGCUUCCUAUUGGACAUUCUAUGUGUAACCCCCACCCACCCCUUGAGGGUCCUGUGACUUUUCCCCCACCCUCGAUCCUGGUAUGGUUUCCGACAGUGCCUUUAGGACAUCUUUGUUGGCUUUGUUUGUUGAUUUUGGAUUUUCUAAUUUUGCUAGCGCUGGAACAAUAACAAAAGGACAUCAGCUGGUUCAGUCUGCAAAACAAGAGUUCCACCUUCACCGCUUUUUGUCAAGACCCACAUAUUGUACAUAACCUUUUAAUAUAUUUUAAUGCCCUUUUUAAAAAAAAAAAGAAAAAACAGAAAGAAACUAUUGAGCAACAGGCUGCAGUAUCCCUUUUUGUGGGUUGUGUGCUGUAAAUACAAUCGUCUGGCUGUUUUUCUGUGAAAGGUGACUAAGUGUGUCGGUGUCCAUUCUAUCUCUCGAUGACGGGCGUGUACCUUGAAGCCCGCUGAUCUCGUGGUGGGCGGAGCCUUCUGACUGACUAAUCGAUGGCCUCCAUCGCCAUGAUUGCUACGGCUGCUACGGUUGAAUUGCGUGUGGCUAGCGCAAGAGAGGCUAAGUGUGGUCCUGCAGCAUUCGCCUUUAUCGUAAUGAUCGUUGUACAAUGGAACGUUUCAAUCACCGCCUGUGAGCUCCAACCUCAUCCGUGUGAAACAUUGUGAUGCCACUGUACUGAAUAAGCUUGUGUUGGUUGAAAAGGAACUGAAUGUGGUGCUUCUGCAUUAGUUUGUACUGUACGUGUUCCUGUGGCACUGUUAGGUUAUAUUGGGACUGAAAACUCACAUGAAUCUCUCCCUCUCUCUUGCCUCAUGCUUCAUUGUGUCAUAGCUUUCUAUCUCCCCCAGUCAAGUGUGUUAACAUGAUGAUAAAUUGAUGUGUUGGUCCGCUGCACUGAGCCACUAUCAGAUGUGGGUUGUGUCUGCCAGCUAACCCCUGAAAGUAAUCACAGCGCCGCAUUGGUUGUGGCGUAAAUCAUAGGCUAGCACCUUCCUGACAUCUCUGUCCUGUCCAGACUGCUCUGAGAAGCACUGCCUUUAAAAUGGGUGUAGCCUCAACGCACACACUGUUGGUCCUUUGCUGUCUAACCUCAUUUUAAACAGUGUGGAGUGGGGAGAGCCAAUCAAAGAGGGAAGAACUCCUAUUUUCUGUAGCACCAGUUUGUCUUCUGCGCAGAGCCCAUAUAUUACUCGGUUAAGAAACUCUAGGGUGCUCGAUGUAAAGGGUCUAACGCCACAGCUGACGGAUUGUUCAUGCAAUGUUGGGUCUCGCAUGAACCCACCGGUGGGCACAGACAAGAUGCACAGAAGCAGUGCUUGUUUUUAGCCUAGCUGGCUAGCGCAUCUUGAGGACCCCGCUCAUUGUCUUUACCAAAGGUCCUGUUUCCUCUCAUUAUGAUGUUCGUUCACUGCAACAUUGUGGCUGGAUCACACAGGAGCUCAGUACGUGCUGUUCGAGACGAGACACACAAGAGCGACCCGACAAAAGGAGCCAGUCGAUAAUCAGGGACAGUGCUUAAAGACGUCAUUCUGGGCUUUGCUUCUGUGUUUAUUCCUGCGAAAGAAAAUCUGUACAGUGGACUGAAUGUGUUUGAGCCACUCGAAAGCCCAUGGAAAAACUCCAGCCGACAGUGACAUAUCCAAGCCAUGGGCAAGCAGGCGGAAUAAUCGUUGUACGAAAAGGGCAACCCAAGGCCAUAAAGUGUCUGAGACACAAGCGGCCAUCACUGAUCAAGGCACAGAACCAGAGGUGUGAUGUCGUUCACACCCGAAAAAUGAGAUUCCGGUGAAUUUCCGUUGUUAUGUUGUGUGUCGUUGUUAAUACAUUUUUCUGUUUUGGUUUAUGUUUUUUGUGUUUUGUUUUCUUUCCAACAAUACUCACUGCUGAACGAUAUAUGAAUCUGAAUAUGCCUACAAAGAAGGCCCAUGCGACUGGUUCAGUCUGAUAGCUAGAGGAAAAGGAUACUGUAGCGUGAAAAGAAAAAAAUGUUGCACUGAUAAAUAUAUUUAAAAGGUUUAUGUGUUUAUAAUAUUAGUUUGUAAAAAAAUAAUAAUAAUUAAAAAAUACAGUGUUACAUUUCUUUUUCUUUUUAUGGUUUCAGAUUAUGUGAUAUAAGUCUGAAAUGUACAAUUAACGAGAUGUUUUCAUUAUUGAAAAAGGUAAGCAAAUUUCCUAUAGUAAUGUUUCCAUUUAACUGGUAUAUUAUUGCUUCGUUUUUGUACCGUCAUAAAAAUUUUGUGCUGAUUUUUUUUACAAAAAAAGUUUUUAUUUUCAAUACUGCUUCUGUAAUUUGCUGUUGUAGGAAAAAAAGAUAAAUAAACAGCAAGGCCUUAAAAAUUUAAAUAAUGUUUGUACUCUGACACCCAAGAUCUGUCUCAACAAUUCAUCUGUUUCUGUUCUAAACAUGACUGAUCUAUGACUACUACAUUCCAAAGAUUCAGCUCAAAUAAAUGUUUUGUUAAGA